AAUGUUGCCAGUUUUUGAGACUGGAUUUUAUUCAGAAAAAAUAAGAUGUCGGAGCUGUCACGAGAAAUCGGGGAAAUCUGGACUCGUUUGUUUGAUCAUCGUCCGUUUUUGAAUGGUGAAAUCACUUAUAUGUUAAAGGAGUUUGAGGAAAAGCGAGGAGAUCGUGAUGUUGAAAGUCUAUUCUCUAUGUUAGAGAACUUUACCGAUGUCAGGGAUACACAUAUAGAAAAACUUACCAAAACCGGUGGACUUGUUCUUCCUUUAUUGCUGAGAAAAAUCGAGCAAACUAGAGAAUUAGCAGCUGAAGCUGAGAAAACUUGCAUUGACUUGGAAGAGAUCUAUAAACAAAAGCAAGCUGUAAAUCGUGAGAAAAGACGAAAGGAAUGGGAUUGUUUCAUUGAUGAUAUGAAUUUUAAUUGUCAAAGAAUUGAUAAUACAUUUGAAGAAAAAGAAGAAGAACUUCGUGACUUAUAUACUGAUUUAAAUCAUAAGUUAAACAUUAACAGCAGUAAAUAAAUAUUAACCAUGGAUCUUAAAGGU